CAUAUGACGAUGAAAAUGAUGAAGAUGAUGAUGUUAUGUUGAAGCAGUGUUCACAUGGUGCACCCCACCCUCCCUCUGCUUUCCGACAGAAGACAAGGGGGCAUCGCCUCUCUCUGACACCCCAGCCGAAACACGCGCAUCAGGGGGCGUGUAUGUGUGUGUGGAGCGUCGCGUUGAAGAUGCGCGCACAUUGGAGACGUCCAGCGCGUCCAUGAGGAAAGGAUGGAGACAUGGCAAGCGCAAUUCUCCAUAUCUUGACGCCAGUGAAUUAAAACGCUUAUGUUUAAUUCCCACGAGCUUUAAAGCCACCGGAUCCUUUCUUUAAUAGAAGCGUGCUCUUCUGUAGCUGAGGAAAAUGGAUCCGUCCGCCGCAACACAGCAGUACGGCUCCAAAAAAAGGGUUAAAAUUCAUCCCAACACCGUCACAGUGAAAUACGCCACGCAUUUCCCCCAGCCGGGCGACGAGGGGUACGAUGACGCUCCGUCCUUUGAGGACUUCAGCUCGUUCAUGGACAACAACCCCAACAAGAGACUGGUGUCAGAAAGCGGGCAAGGCAGGACUUUAUUCGGCACUAUGGAUUCCCGUCCCAAGGUCGACCAGAGAGAGAAGGGAGUCGGCGGGCAGCUUGCGAGCUUCGGCGAGGCCUCGGUCCUGGCGUCGCGGGUCACCUGGGGCGCUCUUUUCGGGGCGGCUCUUGCUCACGGAUGCGUGGCUCUCAUCACGCGCCUGGCGGCCGACCGCUCCAAAGUUCCCUCAUUAGAGCUCAUCUUCAUCCGCUCGGUGAUCCAGGUGUUGUCCGUUCUGGUGGUCCUCUACUAUAAAGAAGCUCCCUUUGGACCGAAGGGCUACCGACUGCGUUUGUUCUUCUACGGCAUUUGCAACGUCAUCUCAAUCACGUGCGCGUACACGUCCUUCGCCAUCGUUCCACCGAGCAACGGCACCAUCAUGUGGCGGGCGACCACGACAGUCUUCAGCGCCAUCUUAGCCUUCUUGCUCUUGGAUGAACGCCUGGGCUACACAGACGUAGUGACGGUCGUAGGGAGUCUCUUCGGACUGUGCCUCGUGAUGAUCCCCAACAUCGCGGACGAGGAAAAGUCCCCGUUGGGAUUCUGGAAAGAAGCGUUUGGGUACACCAUGACUGUAAUGGCGGGUUUGACCGCCGCCCUGUCUAUGAUCGUGUACCGGGCCAUUAAAGAGCGCGUUAGCAUGUGGGCCGCGCUCUUCACGUUCGGUUGGACGGGGACCGUGUGGGGGGCGUCCACUAUGUUCAUCAUGCAAGAACCCAUCAUUCCCUUGGACGGCGAGACGUGGGGCUACCUCACGGGAAUCUGCAUUUGCUCCACCGUGGCGUUUCUGGGUGUCUACUACGCCCUCAACAAGUUCCACCCCGCUCUGGUCAGCACCGUGCAGCAUCUGGAGAUCGUGGUCGCCAUGUUUCUCCAGCUUAUCGUGUUGAGAAUGAUCCCGUCCAUGUACGACGUCUUCGGAGCGCUGGUUAUCAUGGUCAGCGUGUUCGUCCUGACGGGGCUCAAGCUUUACAGGGUGGGCCGGGCCAUCCGACAAGAUUACCAGGAGAUUCUGGACUCACCGAUCAAAUGAGAGCGUCGUGUGUACUUGAGCGCAUGAGGGGGCAUGUAUAUGUGCGUGCGUGCGUGCGUGUGUGUGUCUCCCUGCUCCCUUCUCUUACAAUAGUGCAAUCACUGAAUGUCUGGAUUUUCGGCAUUUAUUUCGAAUCGUGUCUUUGGAAGAGUGCCAUUGGUGUAAUGUCUUUGCUAACUGUUGAUGUGUGAAAUAAACAGUGAUCUAUAGUGCUCCCCUGAUA